AUGGGGUUGAUGUCACAGGAUUCAACGCCUAUUCGGCUUCUUGAAGCAGGGAUCGGGCUUCUCAUUCUAUACAUUCUUGCAGGCGGCAUCUAUCGUUUGUAUUUCAGCCCGCUGGCCCGGUUUCCAGGGCCAAAAUUGGCAGCUCUGACUCUGUGGUACGAAUUCUACUUCGAUGUUAUCCUUCGUGGACAAUUCACGUUCAAGAUCCAACAAUUACACAAGGAAUACGGACCAAUCAUCCGAAUUAACCCUUGGGAGCUUCAUUUCGACGAUCCGGAUUUCUACGAUGAGGUUUACAGCCGCUCCAGGAGAACCGAGAAAUUUCCAUGGUCAGCGGCCAUGUUCGGCAACGAAUCGAGCAUCCUCGCCACCGUAACCCACGAGCAUCAUCGUGCGCGGCGCUCACUCCUGAAUCCUUUCUUCUCGAAACAAUCCAUCAACAAUCUAGAGCCUCUGAUUCGUCAAGCCAUAUCCACACUCUGCAGCCGAUUCGAAGACUACAAAGAGUCGAAGGAACCGGUAGCUCUCAAUGCGGCUUUCUCGGCGCUUACGUCGGACAUCAUUUCGGAAUACACGUUUGGAAAUAGUAUGAACAUGAUGUUGAAGCCUGGCUUUGCACGUGAAUGGGAAGAGAUGACCUUGAAAUCCUCUGAGUUUAGUUUGCUGCACAAGCAAUUUCCGUUCUUUCUGCCGCUCUUGAGGAGGGCUCCCAACUGGUUGAUUGGGAAGAUCAAUCCCGGAAUGGAGGCCUUGAUCGAUUUCCAGCAGGGUUUAAAGGAACGGGUUCUUCCAAUCGUAGAGGGGCGACAAACCGGGAAUCAGACGAGCACGAAGCAACCGACCAUCUUCCACGCGCUCAUGGACAGCAGCCUUCCCGAAUCCGAGAAAACGCUGCAACGGCUCAUGGACGAAGUACAAACCAUCAUCGCAGCUGGUGCUCUAACAACAGCGCAUUUCCUUGCCGUCACCUCCUACCACAUUCUGGCCAAUCCUCCCAUACUCCAGAGAUUGAGACAGGAGCUCGAACCGGUGAUGCCAAAUCCGACCCGAAUCCCACCACUGAAUCAGCUAGAACAGCUGCCGUUCCUGAAGGCCGUCAUCAACGAGGGUUUCCGACUAUCCUACGGUGUCACAGGGCGCCUCACUAGGGUCUAUCCCGACGCGCCGCUCCUCUACAAAGACCAGGUCAUACCAGCUGGCACGCCCGUGUCAAUGACGUCGGUGCUCAUUCACCAAAACGAGGCGCUCUUCCCGGAUCCGAUGGAAUUCCGCCCGGACCGUUGGUUGGAGCCGGGUGCUUCCCAGCGGUUGGAGAAGUAUUUGGUCAACUUCAGCAAAGGCAGCCGCUCUUGUGUCGGGAUUAACCUUGCUAAAACUGAGAUUCCUUUGGCUUUGGCAGCUGUUUUUGGACAGCGCUUCGAGAUGGAGCUGUUCGAAACGGAUCGAAGCGACGUAGAUUUAAAGCACGAUUUUUUCAAUCCUUGCGCAAAGCUUGAUUCGAAGGGUGUUAGGGUCAUUAUCAACUGA